AGUAGCGGGGGCGGUAGGGGGGGCUUUGGGGGCCGGGAGCUCCGUGGAAAUGUGUCGGUGACAUUGAAUGGGGAGCCCGAGCGGGAGCGAGGCGCGCGCGCGCGCACACACGCGCACACACAGCCAGCUCUCUCCGAGAUCCCCGGCCACGUAAGUAACUAUUAAUACCGCCUAGCCGGGAGAUGCGGGCGUGCUGAGCGCGGGGAUUGGCCUCGGCACCGUCAGCCAUCCCCUUUAAUUUUUAAAUACAGGGUCCUCUCUUACCUCUGGGGGGCGAGAAAAAAAUAAAAGAAGACGACGACCAGCGGUCCGUAUUCUCCAAAACAACCCCCUCCGGGCAAUUCGGGUUCAGGGGAGACGGAGUGGUUGCAAAUUAUUCCGAGGCAAGAUCCUGUUCUCCAGCGGGAAAAGGGGAAAGGAACGUGGCGGGUUGGCAGGGCCGGGGUCGCCACCCCUUCCAGCGCCCACAAGCUCGUGCCGGGGAAAUCGGAGACUGCUGAUCUGCUCUUGUCCCCGCCUGCACCUCUCGCUUCUUUCGGAAGAAGACCCGGAGCGCGAGCUAGCUGCGACAGCAUGAGCCUGUGCUGACCUCGGCGCGGCGGGCCAAGCCCUAGGCUUUGUCGCGGUACCUGCGCCCGGCCCGCGCGUUGCCCGGCUUUUGCAAUCUUUUGUUGGCAGCGCUGACCGCUCCAAGUUAAAUGUUCCCUUGCUAUUUUUCUUUUUUGUGUUUGUUUGUUUAAUUUUUGGAGAGCUCUGGCGGUCUUGGAAAAGCCUCAGACGCCAUCUACAGUUAAAACGUAGGUAAACUGCCCUCUCCGGCACCCCCUCCUUCCACGCCCCCCACCCUUUCCACCAAAAAAGGGGGUGCAGCGCGGAUUCUGGCUGCCGCGCGUCGCGAGCCGGUAGACCCGUGCUUAUUUCCUUUUGCUUUUUGUUUGGUUUCCAACGCGCUGAGACCCAGCCGCCGCCGUGCGCUCCCCGAAGACCGCACAAAGUACAGCCGGGCUCCUCCGCCCCGUCUGCGAUUCGGAAGCCUGCCUGGGGAUCGCUUCGGGGAACGCGGCGCUGCAGCUCCCACCUUAGCAGUCCAGUUGCUCGUCUAGGAGCCACGUUGGAGAAAAAGAGAGAAACUAAAAGCGCGGCGUUUCCGCACGUCGCCGGCUGCUUUGGGGUAACAAAAGGAGCAGAGUUGCCUCCCGACAGAGUAACCCCGCGAGCGGGAGCCAGGCUCGGCGCAGACGAGGUGCCCGGUGGCGCCCAUUCAGGGGCUUCUCACUCUAGCUCCCUGCAGCCCGGUUCCCGUCUCCUCCCCUCUCGUUCCUUUUUAAACCCGUGGAACAGAGGCGCCUGCAGCCGCACUCGCCAGCGACUCAUCUCUCCAGCGGGUUUUUUGUUUGUCGCGUGCAAGCCCCACACUCAUGAACAUACACAGGUCUACCCCCAUCACAAUAGCGAGAUAUGGGAGAUCGCGGAACAAAACCCAGGAUUUCGAAGAGUUGUCGUCUAUAAGGUCCGCAGAGCCCAGCCAGAGUUUCAGCCCGAACCUUGGCUCCCCGAGCCCGCCUGAGACUCCGAACUUGUCGCAUUGCGUUUCUUGCAUCGGGAAAUACUUAUUGUUGGAACCUCUGGAGGGAGACCACGUUUUUCGUGCGGUACAUCUGCACAGCGGAGAGGAACUGGUGUGCAAGGUGUUUGAUAUCAGCUGCUACCAGGAGUCCCUGGCACCGUGCUUUUGCCUGUCUGCCCAUAGCAACAUCAAUCAAAUCACUGAAAUUAUCCUGGGUGAGACCAAAGCCUAUGUGUUCUUUGAGCGAAGCUAUGGGGACAUGCACUCCUUCGUCCGUACCUGCAAGAAGCUGAGGGAAGAGGAGGCAGCCAGACUGUUCUACCAGAUCGCCUCGGCGGUGGCCCACUGCCAUGACGGGGGGCUGGUCCUCCGGGACCUCAAGCUGCGGAAAUUCAUCUUUAAGGACGAAGAGAGGACUCGGGUCAAGCUAGAAAGCCUGGAAGAUGCCUACAUUCUGCAGGGAGAUGACGAUUCUCUCUCUGACAAGCACGGCUGCCCGGCUUACGUCAGCCCGGAGAUCUUGAACACCAGCGGCAGCUACUCGGGCAAAGCAGCCGACGUGUGGAGCCUGGGGGUGAUGCUGUACACCAUGUUGGUGGGGCGGUACCCUUUCCAUGACAUUGAGCCCAGCUCUCUCUUCAGCAAGAUCCGGCGUGGCCAGUUUAACAUUCCAGAGACUCUGUCACCCAAGGCCAAGUGCCUCAUCCGCAGCAUUCUGCGGCGGGAGCCCUCGGAGAGGCUGACCUCGCAGGAAAUUCUGGACCAUCCUUGGUUUUCUACAGAUUUUAGCGUCUCGAAUUCAGGAUAUGGUGCUAAGGAAGUGUCUGACCAGCUGGUGCCGGACGUCAACAUGGAAGAGAACUUGGACCCUUUCUUUAACUGAGCUCACGCCCUACAGGGACUUAGCAGGUACCAGGAGGGCAGCGGAAAGAAGUUCUUCCAGGGGACACAUCUCGCCUGCCUUGGUAGCAGAAAGGACACUGACAUCAUAAGUUUCUUGGUUCAGAGAAGGAGCGCCUGCAAGGAGCUGACUCAAUAUGUAGCAGGGGGCAGAGACGUGGGUGGGGGUGGGGGUCAGACGGAGGGAGCCCCCUGGAGCUUGUCUUCUCCGACGUAGCCUGGGAGACCACCCCUGGCCAGUUGGGCUGCUUCCACCUCCCCCACUUUUCGUUUUGUUCCCAAAUAGUUGCAGAUCCUGACAGAAUUGAAACUCUCUGCCUCAAAACACACAUCUUGGCAUGGCACUGUUAGCAUUUAACUUCUUGUUAUGAUUCAGGGAAGGAACAAUUGGCGGAGGCAUUUUGUUUUGUUUUGUUUUGUUUUUUAAACAAGCCAACCACCUAGCUGACAAUUAAUGGGAUUCACUUAAAAAGAAAAAAAAAAUUCGGUGCACACAGACUGGCAUGUAACCUGGGUGCUAAACUCAAAAGAAAACACAAAAGUCCAGUUCGUGUCUCUUAAUCGCUCUCUUCAACUCAUUUCUUCUAAAUAAACUAUUUAAUAUCCUGGUCAGGAAAUGACAUGUUAAUGCUUUGCUCCCUGAAGGGGGAAAAAAAAAAUCUGUCCUUUAACAAGCUUAUUUCGUUUGGUGUAGAUUGGUUUGUGGCAGGAAGCUAUUUGAAGUCAGACUUCCAGAUGCAUUACUGCCAUCGUCGUUUAAAGGGGGGAAGGGAAAGGAAGAAGAAAGGGAGAAAGAAGUCCAGCUCCUCUCUAAUUUUUUUCCUUUUGAAGAUUGAGGGUUGGUGGUGCGGCCAUUCCUCUUUGCUGAGAUGGCAGCAGUGGCCUGAGAUACCACGAAGCCGCUGGAGGCCGAUGCUUUUGCAAACUCCAAUCUCAACUAAACAUUUGUCUUUGUUUUGAUAGAAACUAGUGAAACAAAGCAGGUUGUCCCACGUGUAUAAAAUACAGGGCAGCUAUUUCGUUUUCUUUAAGAAGAAUAAUCCUUUUGGCUUGGAAGGCCCUCUGGUUUGGAUAAAAACCCUCAGUAGAGACAAGCAAGAAGGAUGAUAAGCUGAAAGCUAGGAUGAUAUAAAUAAAAACAGCUCUCUAUCCCAAUAUGCACCUUUGUCUUUUCAAGAACUCUUCUAUUUAUUAAGGAAAAUGUCACGUUGUGAUGUAUUAAGCCAGUACUUCAAUUACGGGUUGACUUGGGAUGACGUGUUACAUGCUGUAGUUAACAUUUAUAAUUUUUUUCCCCUCGUUUUGAGUAUUUCUGUCCCUGAAAUAACCUUUAUUUGGCUUUUCUAGAUAGCUUUAUUUGAUUUCGAGUGGCAAAAUGUUUUUUUAUUAUGGCUUUUCUAUUGCUGUAUGAUACAGAACUCUUUUGGCAUAAAUAUUUGUGUUCCCAGUACCUCAGUUGUUUGGAUUUUGCUGCCUGUAUAUGUUUUGUGAAAUGGUCAUGUUCUUGGGUAGGUAACACAUGGACUCUAGUAUGUAAAUGUUACUUGAAUCUGUGCUUCAUUAUAGUAUGUGGCAUGUAUGUGCAGACUCUUGGACGCUUCACGCCAGCCCAGCGGGAGCCCAUCCUUCAGCUCCCAGGAGGGCGGCUGCACCAGUCAUAAUCAGGAGACAAGGCGGCCAUGGAUUUGCCCUUGAUUCUAUUUUGCUAAUGGAAGAUAUAAAGGAGAGAAGUUGUUUUUUGUUUUUGUUUUCGUUUCGUUUUGUUUUGUUUUACAUUCUGAAGAUGGUGCUGUGUCAAGAAGGACCUUUUUUUCUUCCCUCUCCCCUAUUUUUAAGUCCCUGGUAGGAGGAGAGAUUGCUGAUGUGCAUGGCGGGAUCUGUGGCCUCUGGUGCUUUGUCCUGUAUUUGGUUUAAUGUUUUUGUCCUAAUCUCUUCAAUCAAUAAAAUUGUGCGUAUUUAACUAAAA